AAUAAAAAUAGUUUUCAUUCAAGGAAACUAUUGAACAUUGAAUAAAGAAUUAGAACUCAUUCACUAUCUUCUGGAAAACAUCCCUUACACCUGUUUGUAACAUUAUUCCACAAAUAUCAAACCAUCACGAAAAACCUGGGAGCACUGGACAUCCAUUGUUUCCUAGUGUGGGACUCCUCAAUAGUUUGCAUCCACUAUCCCGCACGCGGGAAUCCACUCCAGGACCUUCGGUCUCGUGGGUAAAUGCUUAACUUCUAGAUCGCUGAUCCAGCAUCCAAUGGCGUUAAUGUUUAACUUUAACCAAUCCACGAAAUUGAGCGACCGUACAUUAUUGUCUUCAGUGAGUAACUGCCUCUAAAACAUACACGAUUGAACUCCAUAUGCCACGGCGUGGACGCGUGAGGGAUCAUGGAUGCGCACUGCUGAGGAGUCAUAUACUAGGACGAAACAACUGUCCAGUUCUUCCAGGUCUUCCAUGGUGGUCUAGCUUUAAUUGACUCAAAACAUACUAGUCUACAUUUCUUAAUUCAUAUAUAUAUUUACAGUAGAAUACGAAUAUCAUCUUAUAUUAUUUGUAAAUACAGUUUUUCAUUAUACAUUCAAUUGUCUAACCUAGUCAUCACUUCUUAUACUUAUACCACAAAAGAAAACGUUUUCUGCAUGUAUAUUUUCCAAAGUAUAUGUGUACAAACAUUCUCUUAAUUUUUGAUGGAGUUUUGUUCUCUAAGCUGGAUGGUUUGGUCGUAGAGCUUUCAUUGUUCUUUUGAACAGCAUCAUCCGCGCAAACUUCAUGUAGAAGUGAAGUGUUCGAACGAUGAAAGCUCCAUAACAAAACCAUCCAGUUUAGAGAACAAAACUCCAUAAAAAUCAUCCACCUGAACUAUAAAUCUUCUUCACCAUUCUCUCAGUUUGUAAACGAUUUGACUUCUUAACCGUUUACUUAUGAUGUGUUUUACAGUAUCCAAUUCUGAUAUUGAUAAAUAUGCUUCUAAAAAGGAAGCCCAAUCGGUUAAUUGAGUAGGAAGACUGAGAAUGAGAAGGAAAAGUUCUAUUGGCCACCUGAAUUGAUAAAAAUCUAUACACUCAUAUUUCAUUUAUUUAUCCCUUAGAUGUUUAAGCGACAUUUUCCCACCUGUAAGGUGUGUCUCAUUCCAUAGAUGAUGAAACCAUAUCAUGUUCGACUGGAUAUGUCAACCCUUUGAUCGGUAUCUGAGUGACUUACUGUAUUAACUUUACCCACUCCCCUUCCAGAAAUCUUGUACACAGAAAGGUAAAGAAGAGAAUUAUGAAAAGACACUUUACCUCCAAUGUUCUUGCACGAGUAAUGAGGAAGGAAAUUAAUAGGCUUUACUCUUUAGAGUAAUAGGCACAAUCAAUCAAUCAAUCAAGGUAGUUUAUAAGUCAGUGAUAACAGUGGAAUAGAUAACAUGAAUAUAAAUAAUAAGUGAUAGGUACGAAUUGAUAGUGUAAUGAUAGGUAUACUAGUUAUAAGAAGAAUAGUAAGGGUAAAAGGCCUGGAGGAUUACGUAAUAAGGAUUAUUCAAUAAUCAGAAAGUAAAGCGUCAGUUUGAGAUGAAGUAGUGAAGAAAAAUAAGUGAAAAAAGGAUUGAAUCAUGAUCUCAACUAUUAAAAGUACUAUAAUAUCCACAAAACACUUUCUGAUGAUGAACUUCGUAUGUCCACUAGUGAUCAUAUUCAAGAGAUAUAUCCUGGAGUUCUAGUGAGAAACAGUGUCCAGUGGCGUUCAUCCGAGUCUAUUGUGAGAUGGCAACUCACUGAAGACAAUGAUCGAUGUGUCACUCAAUUUCGUAGAUUAAUUGAAGUUGGAAAUUAACACACUGUAUGUCAACUCAGUGGUCUAGAAUUUAAAUGUUCGUGGGCGAGACUGAUAGGUUCUGGGUUUGGAUCUUGCGAUGCGAGAUCGUGGAUACGCACUGCUGAGGAGUCCUACAAUAGAUUGAAACGACUGUCUAGCUUCAAUUGACUUAUGAUCUCAAUUAUUAAAAUUACUAUAAUGUUCACAAAAAACCCUUCUGAGCACUCAUUGUCCGGCUUUCAUCUAUUGUAAAUUUACUGAGGGUUAUUUAACUGUUGUUCGUGAGAAUGCGCAUCACAAUCAUGAGUACAACUCCCUGAGGUACGGCAAGUCCAAUAAUGAUAGUAAACCUUAAAAUUUUCCGCAAUGUUAUCAUUUUUACCAAACUUUAGAGCUCUCACAUAGGAGAUGCAUUCUGAUUGGCUAUCUAUAGGGCACCCUCGUAAUCCCUUAAGGUCGCCGAUAUAAUACGAUUUGAUUGACUAUAAUUUACGGACGAACCGAUCAGAUUUACGAUAACAGGUCUUGGAUUUCGGUGCGAAAUUCAUUGAUCCAUUUGGCUAAAUAGCAUUUUGACAUUUUAGCUGAUAUCAAGUGUAAAUCACAAUGCUUAUCCUUCACACAAGUUAAAUUACUUAGAAUCAUUUGUUUCUGUCUACCAUAUAACCUCUAUGGACUAAGUGUAAUGGAAUGGAGCUGCGUAUUGUUUUGUCAUUCUCUUUUCCAAUCACGAAUGGAGAUGUACACUAACUCGUCGGCUAAUUUAUCUGGUUGUUAUACCAAAAUAGCUUUCUCCACAAGAUCAACUGAAAUUCUAGAUUCAUAAGGCUGUUAAGAAAUCAGUUAACUCAUCCUUUUGUUUAAGGAUCAUCAUAAUUCAGCUAAAUAGUAGCAGAUAGAGGUCAAAGGUAUUAAACUUCUUCUUGAUUGGUUGAAUCAAUCACAUAGUAGAUCACUAGAGUUUUCUGAAUAACCAUCGACUUCAUCACAUUUCUGUUCAUUAUAUAAACGCUUUAGUUCGGAAAACCUUGUGGGUAACCCAUUUAGAUUAGCAUAUUAUGAAUAAACUCCAGUUCUUUGUUAAUAAUAAUGAAAGUAUCAUCAAUAUAACAGUAAUAAAAUCCUAGCUUAUCAAUGACCAGGACAGAGUGGGUUGGAGAAUGCUGGUCGGCGGCCUAUGCUCCAUUGGGAGUAACAGGCGUAAGUAAGUAAGUAAGUAAAUUAUCAAUGACCUCCUUGAGAUGACCGUUUUCUAGUUUCGGAAGAAAACAAAAUCAGCAAACAUAGAAUAUAGAAGUGAACCUAUUGCUAUUCUAUCAUUUUGUCUAUCAUGUGUAUUAUCAAAGACUAAAGGAGCAUUGAUUGUACAUUUCAAAAGUAGUUCAUUGAAACUAAACCUUGGUAUUGUUUACUUGAAUUUUCCCCUUUCUAUAUCUUAUUAGUAUAUGUCCAUACUGUACGUAUUGUGAAGUGAAAAACGCGAUGGCGUUUGAAGUGAAUGGUACAGGGUUCGAGUCCCAAAGUGAACAUCAACUCAGAUGCAUAUACAUUCGACUGACAAGUCACGAGUAGGAUGAAACGUGCGUCCUCGAUUUCACUUUUAACCAAACUCCAUCUCUGCUAAUCCAAGGAACUCUAAUAUUGAUCUGAUUUUCAAUUAGUUCUUUUUCGAUUGAAUUCUCAACGAACUUGUGUGGUGUAUGUUACUUAUGUUGACAUAAGUAGUAUAUAACAUCAAUCAGAAUUGGAAUGACUAAAAGUAGGAGGUUGGGAAAAUCGAAUCGAAGAGAACAGGAACAAUGAGUAAUUGUUAUGAUAAUGAAGGAAUAAUGAAGUUGGAGGCAAUUGAUGGAGGAUUAUAGUUGCUAUCAUGGUACGCUUGUCACCCUUUGUGUAAGAGCAUAGGCCAUCCACCACCAUUUUCCAUCCAAAUAUUUUCUGGACAACCCUUUCGAGUUGUAAUUCAUUUUCAUGAUGUCUUCGUCCAAUUCUAAACGCAAUGUGUUCUUUGGUCUUCUUCUUUUCCGUUUCCUUUCAGGAUUCUGAGUUAGCGCUUGUCUUUUGAUGCAGUUUGAUGAUUUUCGCAUCGUUUUUUCCUAAUUUCCUUUUCGGCAGGAAGUUGGUUUGUUCCCUUCUACAGUAGGCUGUUGCUAAAAUAAUCCGGUCAACAGAAAUUCAGUAUCCUGUGUACUCACUUGUUUAUAAAGACGUGUACUUCUUUUAUUAUGGUUGUGGUAGCUCUCGAAGUUUCAACUCCGUAGAAUAGAACUGUGUUGACGUUCGUAUUGAAAAUUGUGACUUCGAUAUUGGUUGGCAGACAGUUGUUUUGAGCUCCUUAUGUUCUUCAAUUGUAGGAAUGAGGCCCUUAUUUUGUCGAUCCUUGCCUCUAUGUCCCCAUCAAGUGGGAUUGAGUUGGUAUUCUCUGUGUGGUAUUUGAUGAUCUUGCCAUUUCGUUUGUACGUGUUGAGGCCUGCUGAUGCAGAGGCUUCCGCUACAGUAGUUAUUUUGACCUGUAUUUCUUCGUUUGUGUGGGAUAGAAGGGCUAUAUAUACAAUUCUGAUUUGUCCAACAUAUUUGGCAGAGGUUUUAACACAAUGGAAAGAACACAAAAACAGAGAAUUGACACACACUCAUUCAAAUCUUUCUAUAUCCAGGAUGGUUUUAGAAAAAUAUCCUGCUUGGUUGAAAAUAUGUAACAGUGAAUUGACAAGAAGGUCAAUCGCUGAACACCAUUAACAGUGUUCAAACUAUAAGGAUUGGCUUAUCAUUCAUAGUCAACUUUAAGAUAAAUAGAAACUAAUCAACGGUAAUGCGGUUUUAUAUUCUCCUUAAUGAUUGAGACCUUCACUAUGCAUAUAGAAUAAACAGAAGUGUGUAUGCACAAAAAACCUCUCUGAUUAUAAUCAUCAUAUGCACACUAGUGACUGACUGACUGGCUUCAAGAGGUAUUUCCUGGAGUUCUAGUGAGAAACAGUGACCAGUGGAGUUCAACCAGAAUUGUUGUGAGAUAGUAACUCACUGUGGACAAUGGUGGAAGGUAGUUCAAUUUCGCAGAUUAGUUGAAGUAAGACAUUAACACGGUUGGAUGUUGGCUUAGUGGUCUUGUGGUUAAGCGUUCUUGGGCACAAGGCCAAUAAGUCCUGGGUUCGAAUAUCUUCGGUUGCGAUCGUGUAUGAGCACUCCUGAGGAGUUGAAAUGGUGGUCCGACAUCAAUUGACUCAUGAUCUCAACUACUAAAACUAGAAAUGUGUCUAUCAAAUAGAUUUAUUCGAUUUGUUCUUCUCAUUUUACCAUAUCAGCAACCCUAAAUUUUCUCUAAAGCACUAAGUUCCUCAUCUCUAUUGACUCUUUCACCAUCGAUCUUUAUUUAUAAUGCUUGUGAAUGAAGACAAUAUCGAGGCAAUCCGCACAGGAUGCACAUAUACUAUUUACAGAGUGAUUCGUUCCAGUUCUAAAACAACAAUGGGAAGAUACAAGUAAACAACAAUACCAAGUGAAUCUACAGUAUAUAGUUAAUUUGCAAAAUAUCAAUCCACCAUCCUACUUUAUGGCAGUGAAACAUGGCUGGUAAGAGUAGAGGAUAUUCGUAGGUUACUAGUAUUCGAUCAUAGGUGUCUUCGAAACAUUGCUCGUAUAUCAUGGGACCAUCGAGUAAGUAACACAGUUGUUAAAAGCGGGUACUAGGUAAGGAUGGAAAAUCAAUUGAUGAAGUAGUGAAACUUCAUCAGUUGAGAUGGCUGGGACAUGUGUUACGUAUGCUCAACCACCGACUGCCUCGACGUGCAAUGUUCAGUGGUAUAGGAGUAGGUUGGAAGAAAGCUAGAGGCGGCCAGACCAAAACAUGGCACAAGUCCAUGAAGUCACUGACAAGUGGACUGAGUCAUGUUGGUAGGUGUAGACUACCUGGUUGGGGACCACGAGAUGAUAUCAACCGAUGGUUAGAGACCCUGAAUGACAUGGCUCAAAAUCGUUUGCAAUGGCGUAGGUGCAUCCACUCUUUGUGUUCUCUCAAAUUCUAAUCUUCUGAAUUCUUCAUGUCCUUUUUUUCAUCUUUCCAAAUUUAUUUCACUGUAUUAUACUCUUUAAAUAACAUCUCCAAACCCUAAUCUUCCCUGUUACUGCUUAUACUCUUGCUACCUCUACCACCACGGGAUUUGAAUCGAUAACUGAAUCUCUGUGCUAAGGUGGUGUGGCAACUCGAACUGAUGUACGUAAGUACGAAGUUCUACGUUGUUACUGACUGAAUGACUCAGAUUUCAUUAUCCCUGCAUUUUCAUAUCAAUUACUUUCUGUUUGUGUUCUUUCCUUCUUGAUCUUCUUUUAAAUUACAUUCUAUUCCUGACUAUCACUAUAUACUACUUAUUGUGGAUUUAAGUAGCUCAUAACACAUAUGACUACAAUUAUUCUUUUCAAUGUAUAUUUGCCAGUAACCAUGAUAUCUUUGAUUGGGUCCUUCUGUAACUUACACAGCGAGAUGUCGUAAACGUUUUAUAAACGCUUCUGAAUAGGUUAUGAGACUAAUGGGUAUAAUGAUGUAUGAAAACAGAUAACUUGUUGAAAUACCCAGAUGAUAGAAACAAGUAGCCCAGAUAUUCAAACAGGUCGCCUAGAAUUCAACUCAUAGAACAGACUUGUAACGUUAUAACAUUUAACAUAUUGAUAAAUACAGUAUGUACAAUAUUUUGUCUUAUUGUAUGUAUAUAAAUCUACAUAUUGAUACAUUUUCAAGGUUUUUACAUGACAACAUGGUAGUAACUAUGAAUCACUAUCCAAUAUUUACUUAUCUAUUCAUUCAAUGAAUUUUAACUGUUUAUACAAUGUAAGCAAAGAUGGAUAGUGGUUAGUAAUGGAGUACAGUUUGAUGCGCGUUUCAUCCUAUGUUGGACUCAUCAACUGGAGGUAACUACAUCGCAGAGCUGAUAUUCACUAUGGGAUUCGAACUCGGUAUCGUUUAUACGAUGAUUAUAUAGAAAUUUAUUUGAAUAAAUUAACUUUAUUUUUAUCUUUCAUCAAGUCAGAAAAGCGGGGGAGGUGUAGAGAUUAUAGUAAGUUUUAAUGGUUGAAUUCAUGAACUGAUUAAUAUUAGAGUACUAUUGAAGACUUGGAAGUAUUAGAUGGUUGUUUUAUCCUAGUAUGGAACUCCUUAGCAGUGAGCAUCCACGAUCCCGCCUUGAGAGAUUCGGACCCACGACCUAUCAGUCUCGCACAAGACCACUGAGCCAACAUCUAACCGUUUUAAUGUCUAACUCUAACCAAUCCACGAAAUUACGUCACCGUACACCGUACAAAAAACCCCUUCUGAUAAUUAAAUAGUAGUAAAGAGUAUAAAGAGCCAAUUAUCUGAUAAUUACAUAAUGAAGAUAAUGAUUCACCCUAUGAAUAGUCUUAAAGUUAAAGAUUUCUUAACAUCUCCUUAGAUGUAACAAAUAUUAUACUGGCAAAUAGAACCGAUAUACAGACGUGAUAGGUUAUACUUUGCGUAGAACUGAGUACCCCCCCCCGCCACCGCCACCACCCUCCGAUGAUAUUUUUUUAAGAAUUCGUAUAUUUCAGUUAUUAAUCUCGAGAACUGCAAUUGAUUAGUCACUACUGGUCAAAUUACAUCUUAAACAGACACCUUCAAUAUUGCGGUUAAGUCAAAAAAUGUUAUCGAAAAUGAAUAAUCACUAGGUGUGGAAUUCAUCUAUUGAAUUCAUCUACAUCUCGCUGUUGAUAUUCACAUCGAGACACAAUCUCAUUACCUAUCAUAUUAAGAGACAACAUUCUUCACAGUUAAUCAUUGAGUCAAAUGUUAAGAUCAACAAAUGGGAAAGUAUAAAACCUUUGCAAAUAAGAUUUAUAUCCAUUAAACAAAAUAAUGAUUAUCAGGAGUCAAUAAAAAAACGGAUUAUAAGAGUAUUGUAUAGUAACAAAAAUUUCUUUAUCUGUUAAUAACAUCUGCAAGAUUUUUGUAUUUUCCCAUUGCUGAUGUUACAUUACACUGUGAACUGAGGAAAGAUAUGAGAACAAUGAAAAACAAAUGGUUAAAACUAGAAAAGAAACCCCAGGAUCUGGUGAAUUGGAGAAUACUGGUCGGUAACCUAUACUUCACUGAGAGUAACAAGCAUAAGUAAAGGGAAGUAAAUAUCCACAUUUCCAUCAGUUUGUCUAGUAGAUAUUGUCAUAUGAUUACAAACUAGAGCGUGACUAACACUGAAAUCUAAUAAGUUGAAGUUUUAAAAUGAAAUGUAAACACCUAAGAUCUCAAUGUGAUUCAUAAACACUGUGAUACAGAUACACCUAACCGACAAGUCCUAUAUAAAUCGAAGACUUGUUCUAGAUUCCAAAGAUAUACACUUUCUAUUAUCAGACAUUAACACCGUUGGAUACUGAUCUCGUGAUUAAGCACUCGCGCAUGAGACUGAUAGGUGGUGGGUUCGAGUCUCGUGAAGUAGGAUCGUGGAUAUGCACUGUCAAGGAAAAGUUCUACAAUAAGAUGAAACGACCAUCCUAUGGUUCCAGAUUUUCCAUGAUGGUCUAGCUUCAAUUAAAACUCAUGAUUUCAACGAUAUUUUAUCGUCCAUUCUUUCUAUUUAAAGUUACAUCCAAAAUGUAUGCGAUCAUAAUUCAAUAUGUACAAACAUUUAUCAUUCAGUGUUUAAUUCAUUCAAUGAUAGAUUAUCGAUUAUUUCUUUAUUAUUCUUAUUUACAAUAAUGUUGAUCUACCCAAUUAUUAUGUAAUAGUGAUUUUGACCUUUAAUCGAAUUUUUUUAUUACUUUUAUGUUCAUCUAAUGAUUCCUUUAAUGUAACCCAUUGAAUUCAAUGAGUCGAUCUAAGAUAAAUCAAUAAUUAAGAUCUAAAAGUACUCGAUCACUGUUUUGUUCUAGUAAUGAGCAUCCAUGAUUCCAGACAUUGGCAUUGAACCCAAUGUCUUCGAGCUCGCAUGGUAAACACUUAAGCUCUACACUAGUGAAUUUGUAUCCGAUAGUAUUAAUGUCUAACUUUAAUCGAUUCAUGAUUUGGCGCAAGAUUUCAUCUAUUGUCUGACGUGGAUAACUGUCUUACAUCUGACAUGGAUUGAAUACUACUGAUCACUGUUUCUCAUUAGAACUCUAGGAAAUUCAUCUUAAAACUAGUCACUCGUGAGUAUAUGAUAAUCAUCAGAAUGAAGGAUUUAUGGAGGUUGUAGCAAUUUUAACAGUUGAAUUCAUAUAUAACAAAAAAUAUAUUUAUUAUUAACAUUCUAUCCAAUGUUCAAUUUAUUUGAAACUAUCAAGUCUAACCUUAGUAUUGAUAUUUAUACUUACUUACUUACGCCUGUUACUCCUAAUGAAGGAGCAAAGGCCACCGAUCAGCAUUCUCCAAAUCACUCUGUCCUGGGUCUUCCUUUCUAGUUCCAUCCAAUUCUUGUUCAUUUUUCCCAUGUCUAUCUCCAUCUCCCGGCGUAAUGUGUUCUUUGGUCUUCCUGUUUUCCUUUGGCCUUGAGGAUUCCGUGUGAAGGCUUGUCUUGUGAUGCAGUUCGGUGCUUUCCUCAAUAUGUGUCUUAUCCACUUCCAGCGCUUCUUCCUGAUUUCUUCCUCCGCUUGGAUCUAGUUUGUCCUCUUCCAUAAUAGGUUGUUGCUCAUAGUGUCUGGCCAACCAGUCCCAAGUAUCUUGCGUAGACAACUGUUAAUAAACACUUGUAUCUUCUGGGUGAAAGAUUUCGUAGUUGUCCAAGUUUCCGCCGCAUAGAGUAGAGCUGUCUUGACAUGUGUAUUGAAAAUCCUGACUUUGGUGUUGGUUGACAGUUGUUUUGAGUUACAGAUGUCCUUCAGUUGUAAAUAUACUGCUCUUGCUUGAUAUUUAUAACCUAGGGUUAAUUUACUAAACUAUACAGAGCGAGCAUUUGAUUGCGGUCCAGUGGUUUAAAGAUUAAGCUUUUGUUUUAGAAACAAAAGUGAUUCGAAUUCAAUUCCUGGAUGUACACGUGUCGAUCCCUACUUUUAAGAAGUUCAACACUACGAUGAAACGUCUAUCUAAUACUUCUAUCAUUUCAGUGGUUAGUGAUUUCAAUAAGAUUUAAUGAUCUCCAUAACUUCAUAAUAAUCGAGAAAGUAUAUCAUUUAGUAUAUAUUUUAGAAACAUUUCAAUUUAUAUUCAAUUCACAAUAUGGACUUAAUUCAUCUACACAAACUUUCCAAAUCAGAUAAGUCUCUUUUCAAAAUGAUACCCUCUCAAUUAUAUGUAACCUAUGAAUUCAUCAAUCGAUUCUCACUAGAACUUCAGGAAAUACCUCUUGAAGCCAGUCACUAGUGGGCAUAUGAUGAUUAUUAUCAGGAGGGAUUUUAUGGGUAUUAUAGUAAUUUAAAUAGUUGAAUAUAUGAAUCGGUGGACGAUGGCGUAAUUUCAAGGAUUAGUUAAAGUAAGAGAUUAACAUCGUUGGAUGCCUGCUAGGUGGUCUAAUGGUUAGGUGCUCGCGUACGAGACCGAUAGGUCUUGGGUUCGGAUUUCGCGAGGUGAGAUCGUGGGAUCGCGCUGUCGAGGAGUCACAUACUAGGACGAAAUGGAUGUCCAGUGCUUCGAGGUUUUCCAUAGUGGUCUAGCUCCAAUCGACUCAUAAUCUCAACUGUUAAAAUUACUUUAACCUCAACAAAACCCAUUCUGAUAAUAAUCAUCGUAUGCUCACUAGUGACUAUCUCCAGGAGAUAUUUCCUGGAGUUCUAGUGAGAAGCAGUGACCGGUGGAGUUCAACCGGGUCUGUUAUGAGAUAAUAACUCACUGAAGACAAUGAUGGAUGUGUCACUCAAUUUCGUAGAUUAUUUGAGGUAAGAGAUUAACAUCAUUGAAUGUCGGUUCAAUGGUCUAGUGUUUAAGCGCUCUCUUUUAAGACUGAUAGGUCCUGAAUUCGAAUCUCUCGAGGCGGGAUCGUGGAAGCGCACUGCUGAAGAGUCCCUUACUGGGACAAAACGGUCGUCUAGUGUUUCCAGGUUUUCAAUGAUGGUCUAGCUUCAGCUGACUUAUGAAGGCUUUCUGCUAAGUACUUUGUUGAUUCCUAUCUAUCAGAUCAUUCAUCUUUAAUAUGUAUACAUGUCCAUCUUUAUCUCUUAUGAAACUUAGAAUAUAAAAUAACAGUUUGUCAUUGUUAUAAUGGAUCAUAAUGAAAAAACAAUCAAUAAUACUGAAUCAAUUCAUUAUGUUACAAAUUAUGUAACAUUUCCAUCAAUUAAAGAUCCUAUUUAUCAUACAAGUCAACAAAAUAAUUACAUUCAUAAUAAUAAUGAUUAUUAUCGUAAUCUUCAUCAUCAUGAUCACCAUCAUCAUCUUCAUCAUCAUUAUGAACAUAAUCAUCUUGAUCCUUCUCAACAAAGACAUCAUUCAUCUUGUAAUAAUCAAUUACAACAACCUUAUAUACAUUAUACAAUAGAUACAGAUGAACAUCUAUUUCCAAUCAAUGAUACAUCUUCAAUGACUACUACUAAUAAUACAACAUCAUAUAUAGAAGAUAUCAAUGAUAGUGAAUUAUCUUUUAAUCAUAAUGUAACUAAUGUUUCAGCAACUGCUACUGCUACUGCAGCAGCUGUGGCAGCAGCGGCGGCGGCUGCUGCUGCUGCUGCAUCUGCUGUAGCAGUAACAACUGGAGUUGUUGUCACUCUACAUAAUACAGAUUAUUCUAUCAAUUCUUAUAUUCAUCAACCUAACUUAUCAUCUUCAUCAAGUUAUAGUUAUUAUCAAUAUUAUUUAAAUGAUUCACAAUAUCAACAUCAUCAUGAAUCCAUUGAUUUAUUCACAUUACAUCCUAAUCAUCCAAUACAACAACAACAACAACAAGAUAUUGAAGAUGUUAAUAACAGAAUUGAUACUACUAUUACACCUACUACUUCUAACAAUAAUCAUAGUAGUAAUGAUCCUUUGAAAGCAACAACAAAACAUACUAUUCGACAUUCAAAUAAUAAUCGUAUGAAAUCACAAACAAAAUUAUCUAUUUCUGAUGAUAAUGAUGAUGAUGAUGCUGAUGAAGAUGUAAAAGGUCGAAAUCAAAAUAUACUUAAAUCUGGUAUGUUAUGUCUUAUAUGUGAAGAUAAAGCAACAGGUAAACAUUAUGGUGCUUAUUCAUGUGAUGGAUGUAAAGGAUUUUUUCGACGUUCUGUACGUCGUAAACAUUCAUAUACAUGUCGUCAUAAGAAAAAUUGUAUUGUUACAAAAGAUAAACGUAAUCAAUGUAGAUUUUGUCGUUUUCGUAAAUGUUUUCGUGUUGGUAUGAAAGAAUCUGCUGUACAAAAAGAACGUGAUAAAAUAAGUAAUCGUCAUACAACUUAUGAUCCUAAUUCAUCAAUUCAUUCAAGUAUAGAUUUACAAAAAUUAUUACAAGCUGAAGCAAUAGCUAAUUGUGCAAUUCAUCAAAAUUAUAUUAAUAUAACUAAAAGAUCAUCAGAUUUAUAUAAUGAACAAUCAAAUUAUAAAGAAUUGCAUGAAAAUAAUUUAGCUAAUAUUAAUGAUAUUUGUGAAUCAAUACGUACUCAAUUAAUAUUUUUAAUUGAAUGGGCUAAAAAUCUAUCCGUAUUCACAUCAUUAACAAUCAGUGAUCAAAUUGCAUUAUUACAAGCACAUGCUGGUGAAAUGCUUAUUCUUGGUGCUAUAUGGCGAUCAAUUACAUUAGGACCAACAUUGAAUAAAUCAAAUGAAUAUAAAAUAGAAAAAUCAAAAUAUUUUGAACAAAAAACUAAUCAAAAUGACAAUACAUCUAUCAAUGAUACUAUAAAUGAUAUAACUAUUACCUUGAAUUCAAAUGUUGUUGCUAUGGUUACUACUACUACUACUACUGCUACGACGACGACAACGACGACAACGACGACGACAACUACAUUAACUCAUUCAUGGUAUACUACUGUUACUACUACUACACCAACGACUAAUAAUGGAAUUAGUAAUAAUAAUGGAGAUCAGUCCAUACAAAAGAAUCAAAUCAUUGAUAAUACAAUAGAUACUACUUAUUUACAAUCUAUUAAUUAUGAACCACAAUUUAUUUUAUUAGGUAAUAAUCGUAUUAUAUCAAGACAAAAUCCAUUACCAGAAAUAGCUGAUUUAGCUAAUAUGAUUAUUAAUGAAAUCUAUCAACCAAUACAAAAUUUAUGCUUAGAUGAAAUUGAAAUUGUUUGUUUUAGAGCAAUAAUGUUUUUUGAUCCAAGUUGUGAAUCAUUAUCAGAAAAUGGACGUUUAUUAAUACGUAGUUGUCAAUAUCUAAUACAAAUGGAAUUAAUGAAUAUAAUGAAUGGUAAAUUAUAUUUACCACAAGGUCGUUUCGGUGCAUUAUUAUUAUUAAUACCAGAAUUUCGAUCAGUUACCUAUCAAAUGAUUCAUAAAUUACAAAUUAUACAUCAAAUGGGUUUUACUAAAUUAGAUGGUUUAUUAUCAGAGAUUUUAUUGAAUAAUACAAUAAAUGAAUCAAAUGGUAAUAUUGAAUCCAAUCAAGUAAAAUCAUCUAUGAAACAUUCAUUCAAUAAAUAUAUAGUUCAUGAAGAGAAUAAUAAAUCACCAACAAUCUAUUCAAUGCCUAAAUUAUAUUCAACACAUAAUGAUGAUAUUUAUACUUCACAAAUUACUGAAACAUCUACAUCUUUCACCUCCUCCUUUUCCUCCUCCUCCUCUUCCGCUUCUUCCAUUUCUUCAUCUGGAUCUUCAUUAUCAUUAUCAACUGUAUCAUCAAUGACACAUAUUAAUAAUAUACCAAUCAUACAUGAAAUAGAUGAUACAAUAAAUGAACAAUUAACUAAUAUCAAUCAUUAUUUACCUAUCAACUCAUCUACAAUAACAACACAAUUACAUAAAAUGUAUCCUACAACCAUAGAUACAACUAUAUCUAUGAUAAAACAAACAAAUAUUGAAGCGAAUUCAUUCAAUUAUCCUAUAAUACAAUCUGAAUUAGAAUCUAUUCCAUCAAUUCAUGUAUCUAAUGUAUUAGAUUAUUAUUAUGAUAAUAACAAUAUUAUUCAUAAUAAUAAUCAUAAUGAUAAUUGUAUUACAGAGAAACAAUCGAAUAUUGAUACAUUAACACAAUAUUAUCAGGCGGUUCAACCAAUUAUGAGUACAGUAAAAAAAUUUAGCGCCAAUUUCGAUAUCAGUAGCCAUAGCAACAAUAAUAAUCAUAAUGUUAAUAAUAAUGAUGUAAAUCAAUCACUUAUCACAAUGCAUUUAGGUGAAGAAACUUUUGAAAAUAUUUCAAAUUCAGAUUAUUCAAUCAAUUCAAAUAUAAUUCAUUGUUUACCAAAUUUAGAACCUGGUAUGUAUUAUUCAGAUGAUCAAUUCUAUACAACUUAUUCACAUCAUUUAAAUAUGAUCAAAGCAAAAUAUAAUCAGAAUACUACUAUCAAUACUACUACUACUACUACUCAUGAUAAUAAUAAUAAUAAUAGUUCACCAAUUUACACUAGUUACGAUGGAAAACAUUUGACACCAAUCGAUCAUUCUAAUACAUCCUAUUCCACAAAUCACUUCUGAUAUGUUCAAUGGUGAAUAAUCUUGAAUCAGGUUAUACAUAUCUAUAUAUAUUUCAUUUCUGUAAUACAGUUUACAUGUACAGUUUACAUGGUAUUCAUUGUAAUCCUAUAACAAUUACAUCUAUACAAGAUUGUGUUUUCUUUUCUCAGUUAUAUUUUUCUCUAUUUUUCUUUUCUUUUUUCUUUUUUCUUCAUUAUCAAUAUUAUUACUUCUUUUUAUUUUAUUCUUUUAACAUUAUGUCGUUUAUAUAUUUAACCUAAAAUUAUUCUAAUUUAUAUUGCCAAUUACUUUUAAUAUAAAAUAAUAAAUGAACAUUGAAUAUAAAUUUACUACAUUGUUAUGAAUGAUCAGUCAAAUACAACCAAGAAUCAGGCACCUAUAUGCAUCAGUUCAAGUUGUUAUACCUCAUUAGUAUAACAAGAUGAAUUCAUAGAAGUAGUUCAUUUAAUGGUGGCAAUAUAUAAAAGAAAGAAUCCAUAUAAGGAUAUAGUACAGGAAGAAAGAAUUCGGUUGUAGAAAGAAAG